AAAAAAACCACUUUUAACUCUCUUUGCCUGCUCCAUUCACAAACCCAAGUGCAGGAUGCAAACCGAAAAGGAGUGAAGAGAAUUAAAGAGUGAUGAUGAUGAUGAUGAUGAUGAGGCAGAAAACCAAAUGGGAAUAAAGGGGCGUUGCAGAAGAAGGAAAGAAGAACUGAAAGGCCUGGACCCAGCAAGAGGGAGGCACUAAAGGCGUCUCUCUUCUCAGAGUGACCCAGCAAGAGGCAGUGGAUGGAAAGGAACCAGCCAUGGAUCCUCUGUGUUUGUUGGGGAACGAUCGGUGGACUUAUAACUGCUCCUUGAACAAUGACACCAUGGAGAACCAAACUUCUCAAACUAACAGAAGCUUUCCCAUUAAAAGGAAUGAGGAUGUUGCUAAGGUGGAGGUGGCGGUGCUUUGCCUCAUCUUCUUCCUAGCCCUGACUGGGAACUUGUGUGUUCUUAUGGCCAUCUACACGACCCGUCACAAGCAUUCGCGCAUGUACUUCUUUAUGAAGCACCUGAGCAUCGCUGACCUGGUCGUGGCCAUCUUCCAGGUUUUGCCUCAGCUCAUUUGGGACAUCACCUUCAGGUUCUACGGGCCAGAUUACCUCUGCAGGUUGAUCAAAUACCUACAAGUGGUGGGAAUGUUUGCUUCUACCUAUAUGCUAUUGCUGAUGUCCCUGGAUCGGUGUUUGGCCAUUUGUCAACCCUUGCGGUCUCUGCACAGGAGGUCUGACCGGUUGUCUGUCCUCCUCACUUGGAUGGUAUGCCUUCUCUUCAGCAUCCCACAGCUCCAGAUCUUUUCCUUGAGGUACGCAGAUCACGGACAGAUUGAUUGCUGGGCAAAUUUCAUUCAGCCCUGGGGCCCCAAGGCCUACGUCACCUGGAUAACCUUGACUGUCUACAUCAUCCCUGUACUUGUGCUGAGUGUCUGUUAUGGCUUGAUCAGCUUCAAAAUUUGGCAGAAUGUGAGGCUAAAAACAGUCCAUGAGACCAAUGUGAAUCUGACCUCUAGCAAUUGCCAUGGGGGCGCACUCUCCAGGGUCAGCAGUAUCAAACUUAUUUCCAAGGCCAAGAUCCGGACAGUCAAAAUGACCUUCAUCAUAGUCUUAGCCUUCAUUAUGUGCUGGACUCCUUUUUUCAUUGUUCAGAUGUGGAUUGUUUGGGAUGAAAAUGCUCCAAAAGAAGAACUGCCGUUCAUCAUCACGACACUCCUCGCAAGUCUGAACAGCUGCUGUAAUCCCUGGAUCUACAUGCUUUUCACAGGUCAUCUUUUCCAUGACCUCUUGCACCGGUUUCUCUGCUGCUCCUCACGGUACUUAAAAUCUCGGCAAGGGUGCGAUCUGAGUGUCAGCAAGAAAAGCAACUCCUCCACUUUUGUCUUGAGUCUUAAAAGCUCCAGCCAGAGGAGCUUCACCCAGCCAUCCACAGCAUGAAGAACAACCCAGUUCUCCAUAAACUCUGCCAAAGUGAAUCGAGUAGACUGAUAUCAGUAUGUACAUAGUGAAUGUUGUGAGGCAGAUAUAUACAGGGAUGUUUGGAUGUAAAUAUGUAUAUACAUAUCAUAUAUAUAAUAUGAGCUAUACAAUGUAUUUAUAAUGUGUGUGUGUGUGUGUACACGUGCCUAUUUCUUAUUUCACAGAGAGGAACAGCUUGUGGAUCAGGUGGAUGAAGGCCCUGCCUCAAAAUUUCAGAGAAAGUGUGUUCCCUGUCCUGGUCACGAGCACCU